CGCCCGGCUGCCACGUCUGUCUGUCUGUCUGUCCAUCUGUCCCACAGGAGGAGGAGGAGGAGCAGCCGCAGCCGGCGCAGCCCACGCUGCCCGUGGAGGAGAAGAAGAAAAUCCCGGAUCCCGACAGCGACGACGUCUCCGAGGUGGACGCGCGGCACAUCAUCGAGAACGCCAAGCAGGACGUGGACGAUGAGUACGGCGUGUCGCAGGCGCUGGCGCGGGGCCUGCAGUCGUACUACGCCGUGGCGCACGCCGUCACCGAGCGCGUGGACAAGCAAUCCACACUGAUGGUCAACGGGGUCCUCAAGCAGUACCAGAUCAAAGGGUUGGAGUGGUUGGUGUCGCUGUACAACAACAACCUCAACGGGAUCCUGGCCGACGAGAUGGGGCUGGGGAAAACCAUCCAGACCAUCGCGCUCAUCACGUACCUCAUGGAGCACAAGCGGAUCAACGGCCCCUUCCUCAUCAUCGUCCCCCUCUCGUGAGAGCUGCUCUGCCCGCCCUGCCGCCUCCAAACCCUCUGGCUCCGUCCCCUCCAUCCCCUCUGGCUCCAUCCC